AUGGCGGCGUUAUUUGCAGUAUCUGGGUCCUGGAGGCCCUGGAACUGCAGACAGAGCACAGAAUCCGGAGUCAGCAGUGGGGCCCGGGGCAUGGGGGCGGGGCGGGAGUUCCAGCAGCCCGGUGAUAAGCAACCUCAACAAGAGAAGCCACUAACUAAAAGUCAGGACAUUAUACCUGGUCAAGAGAAAAAGGAUGAAGGAGCAUCUUCAGUUCAAGGUCCUGCCCUGGAAGCUAAUCAGCAGGAACUGGCUCAGCCAAAGACUGGGUGUGGGUGUGGAGAUGGUUCUGAUGUCAAGAGGAAGAGACUGCCAAAUCCAGAGCCCAUUAAAGAGCCAGAAGCAGGUGAAGGGCAACCACAGGUUUAAAUGAAGACAAACUGUAACCAUG